AAAUAUUCCACCCCAACUAUCUACCCUUUCUCAAUUCUCAUCAUAACACAUGCCACAAACUCCACUUCUUCAACACAAUCUCAUUUCAAUUCCAACCUUAGAAGAAAAAUGAUACCCAAGAUCACCUUUGCUUUCUUCACUCUACUCCUCAUAGCUUCACCCUCUUUGGCGACCCGACCCGCAUCCACUCCUGAUCAAAACAAGCACUCCAAAGACAACAAUAACAACAACAACAACCAAGGUGAAGGCAAUAACUAUGGUGGCUUCUUUGGGCCCGGAGGAGGGUUUAGCAUACCCGGAUUUGGAAACGGGUUCGGGAAUGGCAUCAUUGGAGGAGGUUAUGGAUCCGGGUAUGGAGGCCCAAGUGGAGGCUCCUCUAAAGGUGGUAUCAUAAGACCAACCGUUGUGUGCAAAGACAAAGGCCCUUGUUACCAAAAAAAGGUAACAUGUCCAGCUAAGUGCUUCUCCUCUUUCAGCCGAUCCGGCAAGGGCUACGGCGCCGGCGGUGGCGGCGGUGGCUGCACCAUUGAUUGCAAAAAGAAGUGCAUCGCUUAUUGUUAAGCACAGUGAUGGUAACACUUGCUGUUAUCCCUAGUACUAUAUAUUAUGUAUGCUAUUUAUUAUAAUAUAUGGUCAUGAUCACCCUUUUAGAUAAAUAAACAGAAAGUAGACAUAUUUCUAUGUAGGUGGGUCUUUGGUUUUCGGUGUUGCUUUUGAUUAUAUAUGUUUAGUUAUUACUUAUAAGUGAAGAAAAAUAUAUGGGCACUCCUUGGUGGGUGAGAACUGAGAUUGUGGACUGUAAUUUUGCUUACUAUAUAUUAUAUGAAGAUAG